AUGACCGAUGAACCCACGGUCACCGAUCCUGAACCCCAGCAACCCGCAGCUCCUGAGCCCGAGGAACCCACCGGUCCCACUAGCACUCCACGGCCCCACGAACCCACCACCACCGAUCCUGUGCCCGAGGAACCCACCGGUCCCACUACCACUCCGCGGCCCCAUGACCCCACCACCACCGAUCCUGAGCCCGAGGAAUCCACCGCUUUCAAGCCCCGAGAAUCCACCGCCUCCGCUCCCAAGCCCCACCCUUCAUGGUUUCACCCAGCUGCGAACACCGUCGACAACCACUCUGCUCUCCUCCAUCCUGAGUACGAUCCACUUUCAGAUUUCGACCUGGAUCUUUCGGCAAUUACCGGCUCCAACACCGAAUGCACCCCUAUCGUGCAUCUCCUGACUUCCCAGCUUGCAAUGGUAGUUGCCAAGCUGGAUGAGCAGUCAGCUNCCUGA